ACAUGACAGAAGUGACUUGACUCUUGAGUGCGUACCUGAUGAUCUUUGCACGGACGAAACCUUGCAUGUGAUGAAGGUCCAAGCCGGCGUUAAGCCGCGUGAUCGGCCGGUCGGCUGGCGGUUGGAGAAAAAAGUGCCAGACAGAUGCCCAGACCGUCACAAAGCAAGAGACACGAAGAAUGGCUCAAGUCGAUGUCGCAAAGUUGUCGAGCAACUGGAAAAGAUUACAACAGACGCUCAAGCCGAAACCCAAGUCUGAUGACACCAAUCCGAGCGUGAAGCGCAAGAGAACAACCGAGUCUCAAGACGAAAAGUUCAAGAAAUUCCAGGGCACGUCGAAUGGAAGCAAGAGGGUAAGGACUGAGCCGAGCAAGCCGUCCUCCGUGCAAAGAAAGGUCAAGAUGGGUGGAGCUCCUUCGAAAUCAAUCAAUUCAGCACCGCGGACUGGAUCGAAUGCCGAAGCUACAUUUGUCGCCGAAGAAGUCGCUUCGACUCGCACCUCCACCGACUCUCUUGUCAACCAGGGACUUCACCCAACGAACAAGCCCGGAAAGUUCCUGGCCAUCGAUUGUGAGAUGGUCGGUACUGGUCCGCUCGACGACAAUGUUCUCGCCCGCGUCUCGAUAGUCAACUUCCAUGGCGAACAGAUCUACGACAGUUUUGUUCAGCCCGUACCGGGCGUCGAGGUCACCGAUUACCGCACUUUUGUCAGUGGUAUCCGACCUCAUCACCUGAAGCCAGAUGUUGCUCGCCCCUUCUCGGAAGUACAAAAAGAGGUCGCAGCGCUGUUGGAGGGCAAGAUUUUGAUUGGACACGCACUGAAGAACGAUCUGGAUGUGCUACUGCUUUCACACCCGAAGAGAGACAUUCGCGACACUGCGCGACAUGCGACGUUCCGUAAGAUGUCAAUGGGACGAGCACCUGCACUGCGAAAACUGGCAAAGGAGUUCCUCGGCAUGGACAUCCAAGGCGGCGAGCACAGUUCGGUCGAGGAUGCACGAGCAACCAUGAUGCUCUUCAAGCUCGAGAAGGAGGCAUUCGAGAAGGAAGUCAAGCAAAAGUACGGAGCGGCCAUCAGAAGGGAGGAGAAGUUGAAGCAGCAGGCCGAGGAUAAGAAGGCAAGAAAAGACGAGGAAAGACAGGCAAAGGAGAAUGCGGGCGCUUCUGACUCGGACUCAGACGAGGGCGAGUCCGACAACGAAGACGAGGAGCAGCUGGACGAUGAGGGCAACGUGAUUGCACCGACCGUCAAGAAGAGCAAAAAGGCGAAGAAGAACAAGAAGCGCAAGAAGAGAACCAAGCGCGCAUAGAAUUAAAGCUAGCAUAGAUACCCCAAUUCUCGAGCAUAAGGCCACUUUGGCAAUACCUAGGUAAACAUGUUGUGUGUUCACAUGUCAAAAAGUGUACCUGCGCCAAG